AGGGCGGUACUCGUUGCCAAGGGCUACGACGUACGGAAUAUAUUGUUACACUUUGUAUAUGCUGAAACAAGUAUUGACAGAGGAAGUCUCGAAUAAAACAAUUUUCUUCCAUUAGCAAAACCCAGUCGGCGCCAAACAUUAUCGAAAAAACAAACGUGUUCUGAACAAAAAGCAUGAAGUCAAUGACAAAUCUAGAAAGCCACACACACGAUUCCAUCAGCCGGUCACGGAGUUCUCGCGCAUAGUACCAGGUACAUGUUCGAUGAUACGCGUGGUCUAGAAGCAUAAUAAUGUUGAUAAACGGAAUCUUUCUGACACGUCAUAUAAUGUCACCCGUGCAAACAGAUGCAACGUGUUGACUUUGAACAAUCUUCACGAGAGGGCGAUACCCCUCGGAGCGGUGGUAGAUAUGCGAUUGCAUGGCCCACUACCCAUAUAGCCAGUGCGAUCACAAGCAAGGCAGCGAUUGCCAAUCAGAAGGGAACAUGAUAAUGAAAGUAGAAGUAUUAUUAAAAAUGAGCAGAAAAUAGUCCAAAUGAACGACUCGGUUCACGCCGCAAUGUUAACUAGUAUCGUAAUGUAUUGUGCGUUCCCAGACUAUGUACCUUUUAAAAGACGAACUGUGGACCCCUGAAACAUGACUAUCUCGCUAGUUAGAUGACCUGACAAAAUGUAAAACAUCGAAAAUACUUUUACUUUUUACCCGGUCACUGUAAACAAAGUCAUAAAAUUGGCCAAUUUUCCAACUUUUGAAUUAUUACUUGCUAUGCUCUAUUGCUAAGAAGCGAUAGAUGUACUUGAAUACGGCACACUAUACACGCACUAAUAUUCCACUGUCAGCAAAUUUUCAUCAUGUGAGCCCAUUUGUAUCAACGUAAGCCCUGAUGACAAAGAUGAUUUCCUCAUCAAUCCCUUCAGACGAUUUCUUACAUUUGAAUCUGUAUUGUUGGUUCAAUGGUAGCUGAUAAAUGUGACUCUUAUACAAUAAUAUAAUGUGAGUUAUAAUGUGAGUUAAGAAACGAACUAUUCAAGUCUUCUGCUUGAAACACAAAAAACAAGGAUCGAAGACGACCAUCGAUGUUAGUAGACAACUUCAGAACAACCAUGAUUAGUAUAAUACAUAUUAUAUACAAGCAAAUGAAAAAUCAAAAGUCACAGUAGUAGAAAUCUGUCUCGAUAUCUAUAUGAUCCAAGACAGGAUACAGAUAACAAGGAAUGCAGACACAGACGAUUUCAUAGCAGAUAACCGAAUAAUGUAGGUGGUAAGCUCAUAAGACUACGACUGGGACUCGAAGAUGCUUAAAGGUUUCAAGGAAAUCACAGAUCUGGGGUAGCGGAAAACUAAGCGGAUACUUUUCUAAUACACUGUAACGCUUUAUUUGUGAAGUGACUAGAGUAGACAAGGUCUCCUAAGAUUAAGACUAUUAUCAGUAUUGAUCGAUGUACGGAUAAUCUUCCAAGUAUACUAUUGGCCCUAUGUAUGCUAAUACGGAGUGAACUCCACAAAUAUAUAUAUAUAUUCAGUACUGGGUGUGGUACAGUAGAUUGUAACGAAUGUUAUGAAAUGCCGGCGCGUGUGAGGAAAACAGAGCUUAUUAAUGAUUGAUGCUUCGGGAAAUCCCUGAUCUGUACUCUGAUGCUGGCAAGUGCUGGGUGGCCUAAUGGAUAUUGGCCAGUGAUUAGUAAGUGCACAUUUGAAGCAAGCGACAGCUCCAGGUAAGAAAAAAUAAAUCGGUCUCAGCUGUGACUGAAAUGACUUCAUCAGUCUACAGGGUUUGCCGAAGGUAGCAGAGGUUGUUGGCGGUAGAAAGGUGAAAGAUCUUUAACCAUAGGAUGGAAAUGUAGAAAUCCUUAUGUUUUGUUCUUAUAAUACAAAAAAUAGGUAAAAUAAUAGUUGACUAAAGGAACGUGAUAAGAAGCCCAGAGACAGACAAUCGUAGAGUCUCGCCACUAAAUAAACAUAGCAGAGUGCCGGUGGGUUAAGCAGACUGUAAUGCUGAAGGACACUGGUCCAAAUAUAGAUAGAAUUACGCUGUGCAUCUGUAAGUCAGUGAUAGACAUUCAGCGACGACGGCAAUAGCCAUGGCCGAUCAACUAUGGAUUGACCAAUUGAUUUUCUAAUGCAGGUUGAGUAUUAUUUGUAGAAAUUAUUAAGCAAAUGAGCCGGGAAAAAGGAACAUAGUGACAAUUUCGUGUAUUCAUUAGUAGCAGUUUCAUGAUGAUUUGAGCCAGGUUAAAACUGAGGGCAAAGCUGUCCUACCUCGUGGCAAAUGUAGAAAUACUGAGAUGGCUUUAUUUGAAAGAUUUAGGUCACGCUUAUGUAACACUCGUUUUUUUGGAUGACAAUACUCAACUAGUUGAUCAUUCACGGUUAUGAGAGUCAUUGUGUUAGCUUGUCUCGCACGACAUCAUAUUUCAUCUCAUUAUUUUAAAAUCCAUUAAUGUAUUGUCGCAUGCUAAAAGUAAUAAUCAUAUAUAUGUGAAAAAUAACAAGAUAAUGUCGCUGAUGAUUCUACCAUUUUUUUCGAAAGGAUACACACACAUGUGAUGAACGCGUGAUUGUUGACGCGAGAACAAAUCGUGUCGAAUUUCAAGAUCACGUUAAAUAUUAUAUGACUUAUUAAUCGACCAUCAUGAUCAUUAAUGGUUAAUUAAUUAUUAGACCGAUUGCACAGGGCAAAAAAAGGAUGGUAGUUUUCCUUGCCCCAACCCCACUGAUACGAUGAGUCAAUAACAAUAAUAAUAAAUCAUUAACAACAACCAAUAACAACAAUAACGAGGAUGAUGAUGAUAUCAUUAAAAUGAUACAAUACAAGAUUGCACAAAUUAUUAAGAACGAUAUGAUGAGAAUUAUGAUUGUGAUGAUAAUACGAAAAUCUAAUGAGAUACUAUUCAUGAAUAAUUUAGUUGCUAUAAGGAUAAUUAUAUUGUUACAUACAAUGUAUAGGGACAACAAUUACUAUAAUUAUUAUUACACAAUGGUGGUACCCUAUAGGCGUGUAUAUCUGUGCUCCGCGAAUACGUGCCGAUUCAAUAAUAUCAAUGAAUGAAAAUCGCUCACCAAUUAACAUUUAAAAAGACAGCUCACCUAUAACAAUGAUAGCGUUAUUAUGAGAAUAAAGAGGGUGACUGUAGUAGGAAUAACCAUACACACUGUGUAUACUCCUGAUGGGGGGGGGGGGGGAAAAAACUCCAAUGGUAAUAACACAACAAUAAGAAUUAUAAAUAAUAACAAUACUCGGAAUGCUGAUAUUACGAUGGUAACGAGCACACGUCACGCUAUAGAUUUGAGUAAUGAUGAAAACCGAUGACAUAACUAUAAUACGAAUAUCUAUACGGAUAUAGUCAUUAUCGUUAUUCACGUACGGUGAUCGUUGGGGUGUUAAUCAAGAAACGCAUUGAUAUAGACGUCAUACAGUUAUUAAACAACUAGAAUAAUUUAUUAUUAUUAUUAUUACCAUCAUUAAUUGUUGGUAAUAUAGUGGUGUUCACUAAUACACGCGAAUACAAGCACAUAAAGCACAGAUCGAUCUACUGUUGACUACGAAUUAAAGCUUGUAUCAGCGCAAAAGAACCGUUGUUGCAAUACUGUAAGAGAGUCAAUUGGACCCGCAGCGUUAGCUCACUAAUGAGUCACUGAACCGAAAGAGACACACAAAUAGAAACUGUUCAGAAUCAACUCGCUAAGCGCGUUUUGUUUCAGUGUGAAUAGAACGAUAAUAAUAUUAAUAAUGAUUAUCAAUGAAUGGCGAAAUAUGUGGAAAGGGAAAAGUACGAUGAAAAACAAGGACGCAAUGCCUAUUCUUCCUCAAUCUCUCAACUGGAUAAUGAGAGACUAUUACAUAAUAACAUGUAUAUAGAAUAUAACGUUCAAGUAAUGAUGAUGACGAAAUAUGAAAAUGAAUUGAUUAAAAAACCAAUAAUAAUAGGAUUAAAGAUAAUAAGUGACAACAAUAAUAACACUGUGACGACAACUACUACACGAUAGUAUUGCUUAUAACAAUAAGAAUUAUAUACAAAAGAAAGCAUACAUAUAUAUGACGUCAAAUGUCUGCAUUGUUAGCUCCACUGUUACGGAUACAGUGAGCGUAACAGUAAUACAAGCAGCAACACCAACAUCAACGGCUGUGUAGUAAAGCUUAAAAAUCGAUAAUAACAUAAAGACGAAGUUAACGACAAAGACCACAAAUGAGAAAAUUCAGAAACAAAAAUCGAAGCGAUGCGAGAGUGAAAAGCGGGACACUGAGCACAUCACGGAAACCUGCAAGCGGGACAUACCUAGACUAGAAAAAAGCAGACGAUAAAGUCAAUAAUGUUGAUCGUUUUUUGUGUGAGUGCUGAACCGCCUAAGCGGUUAGAGACGCAAGACGAAGAAGAGAGGGAGAAAACAAGCUAAAUCUAACGAACACUGAUAGCUAUGAUAAAAAAAGAAGUCGUGAUGUACAUCGAAAUCAUGGUAAUACUUGGUAAUAAUCAUUAACGAUAAGAAUUAGGAUAAGGAUAGUAAUGUUGAUGAAUGACGCAAACGAUGCUGUUGAUGCUAAUGAGAAACUAUAGAAAUAUGAAUAUCUCUGGUGGCGAUGAUAUAAGAUGAUACUGGUGAAAAUAAUGAUGCACGCACGCGAAAGGUUGCUGUUUGUAGCCAUAAUAAUAAUAAUAAUAAUAAUGAUAAUAAUAUUAUAAACGUUGGUUUUUUUCGUCCACAUCACUAUUUUGCCGCCCUCUAAUUAUAACAUUAUACGUACUCGUAAGUUUAUUGAAAAUAGUGAAACGAUUAUAGUUGACGACGGGUGACAAAGGCGAAAUGAUAGUAUAAUGAUAACAAAAUAAGGCGCGAUUAAAGAGUGAAGCCGCAUGUUAAAGGUCUGCGUUCCUACAAGAGGAAUAGAUUUUCAAAACUGUUGUCGGUAAAUGUUACUUAUCACAGUUUUUUCUUUGUUUUUUCUGCCAACCCCCAUUUGCUCAUCAUCGAGGUUUUGAGAUUCCAUGUUUCUAUGUGCCGGGUUUUUAUUUAUUAUUAGUGUUUUUUUGGGUUAUUUGUUGAGGGUUUUUGCGGUUGUUGCUUUCUUUGGUCGUGGUCUGAUUGUAUUGCAGGUCGCCGACUGGGCGGACCAUAAGGCAGAAUGUGCAAACCUGAAACGGGUGGCUCCACGCCGGCCCCUCGAACCGGCCAGACUCAUGGCGCGACUCGUGCUCCGAUGGAAACGUGAACUUGAGGAUCCAACAUGCGAGACGUUGCUCGGCAAUCGGCGACGCCUCAAGGACUGUAUGGAUCAUCGCGAGCGUAUAAAAAUGGACCGUGACCGAGCGAAGGGGUUCAUCUGGUUGUUGAGUUUGCUAAAGCAGUUUCUAAGCGGGCCACAGCUUGAGCGGGUCGCCGAUAUCGACAUCCUGAACCUCUUUGGGAUCAUGUGCAUUAAUACGAUGCACGUCGCUGACGACGAUGGGCCUCUGGGGUGCGGGUUGUAUCUGGCCGCGUCCAUGAUUGAUCACUCGUGCAAUCCCAACGUAAGCGGAAGCUUUAGAGGUCGCAUACUCCAGCUGAUGCCCCUACGAGAAUUCGAGGCGAGCUCAGUAGCAGACCUAUCGUUGUCCUAUAUAACGUUGCAUACAACGAGGGAACGACGUCGCGCCGAGCUCAACAAAUGCUACUACUUUAUGUGUGAAUGCGAGAUGUGCUCCGGUGCGAUUCCUGAAGUGAUGACCGAAGCCGAUUCGAAACUCACGGACCGCGUGUUUGAGCUUCGCGACCUCACGCUGGACAUGUCCAGUGAAGAGAAUCCGAAGAGAGCCCUCUGUGCUUUGAAAGAACUGUUUGCUGGGGAGUUAGCCAAUCUCGAAGAUAAUGAUGUAGCCAAAUUUACCGCACAGCUCACCGCUGCCGAUGCAUCCGUGGCUACUGCGGACUACGCUCUUGCUCGUGAUUACUAUUUGAGCUUGCUGCCGGUGCUUAAAAAGGUGUACUCAGAAAACCACCCGCAGUAUGCCCACAAGUUGGUCCGGCUCUGUCGUUUAAUGAUCGUCACGACGAAACAGUCCCGUGACGUGGAAGAGGUGUCUCGACUGCUAAUGCUGUUGAGGACAGCUGUGCACAUCGCCCGCCAAGCUCUUGGUGAAAAUCAUUUUGAUACCAAGGACGUGACCGCACUCUAUUUGGAGAUGGAAGCAUCCUUGAGAAAGGGUGCAAAUUCCCACAGCUCAAGCUCUGCUUCGGUACAGCCACGAUUUGCCAACAACGACGGUGGCGAUGCUGAUUCGACUGUUUUAGCUGGAGCAGCUUUAGGACGCGAGCAGCAAGAAACCUCGUCAGGCAUCGUAACGACAAGUGCUGGUUCUGAAGUUAUUUCAUUGGCGGUCGCAAAACCCAUUGAAGAUAUUCCGCCCUACGAGAACAUUCCGGAAGCCGAAUGCAUAAACGAAUAGUCAAGUUUUUCAGGUCAAGUUUGCAAUGUCACAGUACAGCCACUCGACUGCUGAGAAGACAACGCGAGAGAUGUAACCAAGCUAAUAUACCAUGCGCAAAACGAACAAGUUACCUCAUAUGGCUAGUACACCAUACCCUUUCUCAUCGGGCACGCAGACCACGUCAUCUUCAUUACUCGAGAACAUAUAGUUUACGCGUUGUCUACUAUUGCAUUAUCAAUGAGGAAGCUGAAAUUUAUUUCGAUUCUUAUCACUUUGCUGGCUGUACUAGCGGGCAUGAUGCAAAGAAAGCAAAAAGUAAUUUUCAUCUACACUUCAUAGCCCCACCGAAUGUAAUUCCUCCGUAAGUGGAAAGAACUUUUCUAUCGGUUCCUUCCGCUGUUCAAAUUACAGGUUAGUAGCCUCGUUUCGCAGGCCAUCGCGUUCACAUUUCACGUCAUUUCAAACUGAUUGGAUUCGUCUGCUCAACAGAGUCGCAUCCACCCUUAAAAAGACUUUGCGGCAUUCGAAUAACGUCCGGCGAACGUACAUUAGCAAGCAACGUUCCGAAAGCGAUACUUGCAACGAGUGCAUACAAUAAACGAGGGAAGGCCACGACCAUUAAUUAAUAAAAACGUUAAUAAUGAUUCUUGUCUUUUUUUUCUAUUUUUAGAAUUUUUUCUAUUUAGACCGUUGUUCGACCACGUUAAUUAGUGAAUAUCGGGGAAAAAGUAAAAGCAGUGUAAUCGUUAAGUACAUUCCACGUACUUGUGUAUCAUACGAGUUGCACCAUACGAUACAGCCAGCAAAAAAACAUGCAUUAUUCAAGUUCGACACAAAAGGUUUAAAACGAACGCCGUAGAAGUCACAAUUCACAAUUGCUGAUUACUGUUGUCGUGUUUCCGCUUUUGGUCGAAGUUCUCUGCUCUCCGCCGUCAACUCGUCAUCGUAAAAUAUAUAUAUAUAUAUAUAUAUAUAUAUAUAUAUAUAUAUAUAUGAUGACGAGUUCACAGCGGAGAGGAGAGAACUUCGAACAUUAAUAAUAUAUAUAUAUAUAUAUGAAAGAGGGAGAGAGAGAGAAGGGGAAAUGUUGUAGAGCGACAAUUAGAAGCGACAGCGGCUUUCAACUGCGUGCAUUCGAUCUGCUAUAUCUUUGUUAAUGUAACAAACAAACAAAAAACACGCGACGCAUGAAUGAUAAUAACGUUGCCAGGCGCUAGGAAAAGACAUCAGGAACAGACUCUUAAAAACAUUCAGCUCGGGCGAGGUCAGCGUUUGGUGUGAAUAUACACAGACACACAUAAAAGACAGAAAGAACAGAAAAGUACGAGUAAAGAGCGAGCUCGGGUUGGUUUUUUCAUGAAAAUGGACUUACCAUUGCCUCUAUAUCAUGAGCCUUAUGGCUACAACUGCACGAAUAAAGAUUCGCAUUCAAAGAACGAGUAAUUCCUUCCACAACGACGCCUUGUUGCCUGUGUUGAAUUAAGGUUUGGCUCGAAUCAAGGUUGCGCGAAUCAUAUAAAACCUACGACAUAGGCGACUAUUUCGAUUUGAGUGCUACCACGCUUCGCCAUAAACACGGCAACUGCGUCGUAAGGGAGAGUUUACUGUCAGUAUCGUCAAUUUGUGUAUACUAUUAUAUUUACCUCAGUAAACCCGAGUUAGCUCUCGCUCACCACAACGCCAAAACGCGCCGUCCCUCAUCAUCCGUGCUGUACGACAGGCUACAUAUUAUCAAUGUUGUAUUAAUGUUAAAGUCUAUUAUAAAAUUUAAAAUAAUGGCCAAAUAAAUAUGACCAACAUUUUGUUAA